CAUGCCUAUAAAUCGAAGAAAAAUAUAAUCUCUCAACUGCCGAACCCUCCUCUUUUGCCAAACCCAAAAACGAAACCACCUGCGUGUGUCUUGUUAUUGUAUUCCCCUGUUUUCGACAGUUUCAUCGGUGGUGGUGAAGAUGUCGAAAGCUGGAACUUGCUAUUAUUCAGUGUUGGGAGUUUGUAAACAAGCUUCUGCUUAUGAAAUUCGUGACGCUUAUCGCAGGCAGGCUUUGAAAUGGCAUCCCGACAGAUGGAUGAAGAACCCCAAAGCAUCUGGAGAAGCUAAACAACGAUUCCAAUGUAUUCAAGAGGCAUACUCGGUUUUGUCUGAUAAAGGAAAGAGAGAGAUUUAUGAUGCUGGGUUGUUGGGUCUAAUUACGGACGAUGACGAUGAAGGAUUUGUUAAUUUCAUGCAGGAAAUGGUUUUGAUGAUGCAAAAUGUUAGCUCGAAGGAAGGAUACAGUCUCGAGGAUCUUCAAGGAUCGUUAAUGGACAUGAUGGCAGAGGAUGACAGACGUAAAUUUGGCUUUGACUGGGAUUCUGGUGCUAAGAAGAGAGCACGAUUUUGCUGAUGCCCUGCUGUUCUACUGUUUUUUAUUGGCAAACUAAGGUCUUUGUUCUUGGGUGCAAUUCAAACAAGGCAAUAAUGUUCCAAGAUGGCAUGAAAAGUUUAAAAGUAACAAUUAACCUUUAUUUCCUCUGUAAAAUUUAGAAUGUUAGGAUUCAGGUAAACUUAAAUAUAUAUUAAUUCUGAAU